GUCAAGUGUAAAGGUUCCAUGGAUGAUCGUUGUUAUUAUGCUUCGAUGCAGCAGACCUCACAAGAUGGAUCCAGUGUUUCCAAGCGCAUUAGGCAUGGAUGUACCAAUAAUCACUAUUGUAACAGCACUUCCAAACUUUUCGAUGAAUGCAGCUCUACCAGUUGGGAAUGUGAAGUUCGAUGCUGUCGCCAAAAUCUAUGCAAUGAAGAGAGCAAAGAGCUUGUACCAACGGACCAAAAUAGGACUUCCACUGUCACCAUUGCCUACAUAUCAUUCGGUGUCGCCUUUAUCUUGCUCGUGAUGUGUUUCAUGGUCGCCUUUUGGUGCUAUAGGAAGUACAAUCGCGAGCGGAUGGAAAGGUCUUCUCGGCCAAGACGUGAAAUUAUUCCGUUAGACAAAUGGGAGAUUCUUCCCGGGCAAAUAGAAUACGAAGAAGAGCUGGGCAGAGGAGCGUUUGGUGUUGUCUACAAAGCAAUUCUGAAGAAGCGACAAGGAAUAGAAGUGUUUGACAGCAGAGAUGAACCCGCGUCACAAGAUACACAGGUGGUCGCAGUGAAAGAAUUACAAGAUGAUCCAAGUGAAGUACAAAAAGAAGAGUUCUUGUUUGAGAUAGCCAUGAUGAAGGUGUUGGGUGCACACCAAAAUAUUUUGUCCCUGGUUGGAUGUUGCACACUACAGGAUCACAGGUUCCUGGUGAUAGAGUACGUUCCGUUUGGGGACUUGUUGCAAUGGUUACGACGCAAGAGAAAUUCGAUUAAUCCGAACUGGGCCACUGGAACGAAGGAGAAACAGUAUGAUGACAAAGAAAAUAUCGAAAGACCACGGGGCAAACUUUCUCGACAACGCCGUGAAAAUAAUUUAGACAAGGUCCUGGAAGAAGAUCAGACUGUGACAGGCAAUACAUCAGUGCAAAUAGAGUCUCCCUCAACUCACGAAAACAAAGGCUUUGAUUUUGACAUGCCUGACGUGACUUUUCACGGUGCGGCCAAAGUAGGCAAGGAAACCGCAGUUGUUCCGAAAAGGAUAGAAGACGGUCCACGUUAUCACAUCAUAACCAAACAAACCUCAGUCCAGAUGGAUUCAGCCCGGGAUGCAGCCCCUACACAUAACCCUGACGAUCUCAUCCUUGAUAUGACUGGCUCAUCCGAUAACAAUUUUGAAGAAAAGAGCAAGAGUUACCUGGACCAGGAAAACAUCAAGCUGUCAGCGAUACGGUCGACAUCACAGGCAAACAAACAAACUGCUGACGUGUUUUCAGCCCAGAAUCUUAUUGCUGGACAUGGAGAAGAUGGCAGUUUUACUACGCAACAGCUGUUUUCGUUUGCUUGGCAAAUAGCACGGGGAAUGAAUCAUCUCGCAGAGAAAGACUUUGUUCAUCGUGAUCUUGCAGCCCGUAAUAUUCUGGUUGGUCAUGAUAAUCGGGUCAAAGUAUCGGACUUUGGGUUGAUGCGUCAAAUCUAUGAAGACGUUUACACCGCCAAAAAGACGAAAAAGCUUCCUGUGAAAUGGAUGGCCCCGGAAUCCAUUCAUGACGGUGUUUUUACCAUCAAAAGUGACGUUUGGUCGUAUGGCGUUCUUCUCUGGGAAAUGGCAACAAUGGGAGGUGUUCCUUACCCCACAAUGAGUAGCGCAGAACUUUGUAGAGCCAUAAAAACUGGUUAUCGCUUGGAAAGGCCUGACAUGUGUUGUGAUGAAGUAUAUGAACUGAUGACUGAAUGCUGGAGGGAAAAUCCAACCACUCGCCCCAGUUUUUCGGAAUUGAUCGGCCGAGUGGAAGCUAUUAUGACAAAGGAUGUAACCUACUGCGACUUGAGCAAGCGAGACGAGUCUAGUCCGUACUACAACGUACCCGCUGAGGCUGUUGAAGAAAGCGGCGAGUAGAGCUAGAGAGAAAUGCAAAGACCUUCCGACACCAUCAAGAAAUGAGUGGCUACUUUCGUCAUAGUUUAUAACCCUUGCAAGGAAACCUUGUUGAGAAAGCUCGACCUAUUAUAUAUUAGUAAGCAACGAUUUGGAGAAGUAGAUAAGUAAGGUAAUAUAUAUAAUAAAAACAAAGAUGGAUGGAAAGAAGGAAGGAAGUAAAAAAGGAAGGAAGGUAGGACAGAAGAAAGGAAGGAAGAAAGAGAGCGAAUGCAAACAACAUAUAAAAUAUCAAUAGGACGUCUGUGUGUGUGGCCAGUCAAAGAGAAGG